AUGCGGGAAAUAAGAUCGGUAUGCAGAGGAAUGACCUGCCUGAGACUCGAGGCUGAAAGUAUACCAGCAACCUUCGUGAAGAGUUGUCUAGAUGCGCCGGCCUCGCUGGAUGCUCGCAAGAGCAUCGUUCAGGUUGAGUGUGCUUGCAGCUCACCGGAGAGGACGACACAGGAAUCUGCUCUGCUCGUCGCCAAUGGAGGAGGCAUCAUCGCCGCCCAUAGGAUGCUGUCUGCCUCCAACAGCAAGGAGGCGCUGGGGAUCCUGUGGACGUUGAGCUCGUACAAGACGGUUGUCGAUGGUUUCACUCCCGAGGUGCUCUGGGAUGUUGUACGCAUCUGCAGGACGAGCAAGGACCCAUGGAGGCAGACGGCUGCGAUCAGCACGCUGCACAACCUGCUCUGCUUCAACUACUACGAGAAGGUGCUAACAGCUGGGGCCCUCGAGCUAGCCAUCGAGCUAGUCUGUAACCAAGAAAGCGCCACGAAUGAAGUCAAGGCGGCGUGCGCUUUGCUGCUGGAUCAGUGCUGCUUCGACAAGAUAUCGAAGCAAGUUGCGGUCCAGUGCGAGCGUGUCGGGGAAGCUUCCCAGUGUCGUUCCCUCAACGUCGUGCAGGCGCAACUGUCUACUCGAGCACGAGCUCGAGUGACAGACGGGGGGGGUCAGUCCAGCUCGGCUGACGUGGCAAGAGACGCUGCAGACCUUCGAGAUAGCCAUGACGCCGGCAAGCUCUUGAUCGGAAACCUGCUUUCCUUCCUGUGGAAUGCGACUGACGACCUCUACUACUCUGACCCGGCUGGUUGGAGUCGCUUCACCAUCAGAGCCUGCGAGCCCGAGCUCUUGAAAGUCCUUAACAAGAUUCUCGUGCACGGAGAUGACAGUGAAAGACAUGCAGUCGGCGCGAUCCUCCACAACUUCUCUUGCAACCGAUCCUUGCAUGACAGGCUCUUGGAAAAUGGCGUCGUUGACAUGAUUACGCAAACAGUCCAAAAAGAUGAGGACGUGCACAUCUGCUGCUUGCUGGCAGCAGCAGAACUUUGCGGAUCUGAGGAAUCUGGCAAGCACUGUAACAUCCUGCACAAAUUCAAUGCUGUGUAUGUGCUCGUGAGCGAUCUGCGAAAGCGGUGUGGCUGCUAUGAGGACUACUCAGUCAACGAGAGGGAGGUGAGCCUGAGAAAGCUGCUCAGUGCUCUGGAAAACAUCGCGUCCUCCGACGUCCACAAGGGCUCCCUGCUCAAGUGCGGAGUGAUCGACGUCAUUUACGAUGUUAUCUCAAAGAGGAUCGUCGACCACCGAGGGAUGACGCUCGGCCUGCGGACGCUGCUGCACCUGAGCUUCGAGAGGAGCGCGAUCCAGGACUUGUUGCAUCCUCGCCUUGUCAAGCUGAUAGCGGACACUGCCAAGGACGACCAGAUCCCGCUGAUACCCAAGGAAAGCGCCAAGACGCUGGAUUACCGGCUCAAAUACUUGCGAGACCCCCUUCUCCUCUUCCCUGCCAACGACCACAAGACCCAGAGCUACGGUGCUCGCUGGCUCCGGCACCCUGAAGAGAUUCGCAUCCUCACGCUCUCGUACCACGAAUCGGAUCUGCCAGUUGUCUCCCGCAUUCGCUCCUCCCUCCUGUCCGUUGGCUACGCCUUCGCUUCGAGCGAGGACUCUGUAGAAACAGGCAGCAUAGACGACUUCAUUCAGUGUCUUCAGUCGGAGCCAACGGAUCUUCUUGUCUGCAUGUCAAAGUCAUACCAAGUUUCUGCCCGGGCUCGCUUCACCACAGAACUUGCUCUUUCAAGGGGGUUGCAUCUUGUAAGGCUGAACAUUGAAGCAAGUUUCCAUCCUUUCGGUUGGUUGGCGCAACUUGCAAGCAUGCAGACAAAGGACGGGGACAGGGAAUUUCAGAGCGAAAUCUGCGUGACGGGAGCAACGGCCAUGCAGUUGUCGGUACUGAUAGCAGCGCUGGGCAAGCGAAACAUCGUGAAGCAUGCGGCAACGGAUCCAGCAUCAAACGAUCCCAGGAAGGGCCCCAGCAGCCCGAGGAGCGGCUUCGAUCAUUCGCGUCUGUGGGAUGUGACACCACGAGGUCGGCCUCGACCGGCGCUGCUGACUCAGCAAGAGAAGCACCCCGACAAGCUCGGGCUGCUGCUGAUCGAGAGUCCAGCUGGCGAGAUCUGUGUCGCUCGGGUCAGUCCGGAAGGAUCGGCGGGGAGGAGCGGGCUGGUGCGGGAACGAGAUGUCCUACUUGCUGUGGACGGGAAGGAGGUCAAGGGUAUCAGCGUGACGCGGGUGAUCGACAUCAUCCGGAAUGCUCGAGGAGACGAAGAUCGCGGGAGCCUCGUCGGGGGGAGUAGGGGGGGCGAGUCAACGCCCUCCAAGGACAAGAGCGCGUCGGUAGAGCUGCUGUUCUCCCGGGGAGGGCAGGAGCUCUGUGUCGUCCUGCCCCGUCCUCCCGUGUCAUCCCACACCUCGUUCGAGCGGGUUCAGUGGGGCCUCGACCACGAGGUCAUGGAAGUCUCGCGGGAAGGGAGGAUGGCGUACGAUGAUCACUUCCUGCCCGCGAACCUCCGCGCCAGGAGCAGCACAGGAGCAUCGACGGCUCGAGCGAGGAUCGAGACCAGCCCAACACAGACCAACGGGGUCACUGUCACUCCUUCCUUCAUCAGCAAGGGUGAGCCGUCAGCUUGCCGCGUCUCUCCUCCCCUUCUCGUUGUCUCACCCGUAGAAGCAGAGGGUUCUCCGGGCAGGCCGGCGCCAGCUCAGCAACGCCUGGCAGUCACUUCAUUGGGCAUUGACGGCGAGCGGGGCAAGGAGAUUGGGUCCUUGGGCACAGACUUGUGGCAGGGGGCGAAGCCUGUGAAGUCAAUCGUGAAGGAGGAUGGGGACAUUGAUACCGGUCAGCCCUUCUCUACUUUCUCCUCACUCUCAUUCUCCUCAAACAUUCCUUCGUCCUCUUCCACCUCGUUUCGAUAUCAUCCCUCACGCGUUUUCCUCUCCAGAGACCCGGCCGUCGGUGAGGACAGCAGCGCUCUCCGCUCGCUUCAUCCUCUCAUUGAGGAGCGUGAUCAUCGACGCUGGAUGGUUUCCCAGCAGCGAGCUGUCGAGGAGAGAGGACGUGCAGCGGGUGGAGAGGUCGUGGCUGACCUGGCGCCUGAAGCCCGCGAAGGUGCUCAGCUCACCGAUGCCUUGCUCCCAGCUGACUGUGAGCAGGAGACGAGGAGGGAAGCUGCCGCAAUGGAGGAGGAGCUUGACAAGGUUGUAAGGAUGACACCGUCGGAUGUGUCAAGGUGGCUGCGAGACGAGGAAUUGGAGGGGGUGGAGCAAGUUCUUCAUGGAGGAAGCGACGGGAGGAGCGUGGUAGAAUUGGUCAAACUGCUAAGACGGGACGAGAAGAUGUUGGUCUCACUGCUGGACCAUCAGCUGAGGGGCGAUGCGACGAGGAGAAACAGGUGGGUGGUGGCCCUCAAGAAGCUGCUGGGGAGCUCGAGGGGACAGACGAUGGCGGGUGAGCUGAGCUCCCGCUGA